AUGCGACUCCUGAACGUCGAAACGAGAAAGCUACAAGAAUUCGUCAUCAAUAUACCAAGAUAUGCGAUAUUGUCACACACCUGGGGCGACGACGAGGUCACUUUCCAAGACCUCGAACGCCCUGAUCACACCAAGAAGCGAGGCUACACCAAAAUCAACGGUCUCUGCUGCUUAGCAGCCAAAAAUGGCUUUGAAUGGGUAUGGGUAGACACCUGUUGCAUCGACAAGACGAGCAGCGCUGAGCUCUCCGAAGCUAUCAACUCUAUGUUUCGCUGGUACAAAGAAUCACAUAUCUGUUAUGCCUACCUCGAAGAUAUCCAGCCAGAGAAAUGCCCGGCCUACAUCGAAGAUGACAAGCCCCACAAUGACCUGGACCGAGUUGACUAUGAGUGGCCAUCAGACGAGCCAGAAGAGUACGACUUUCCAGCGGCAUUCGUUAGUCACUUUGGCAGCAGUCGGUGGUUCACAAGGGGCUGGACGUUGCAGGAGCUGCUCGCUCCUAAAAACCUCUACUUCUUUAAUGCCGCCUGGAAAGAAUUUGGUACACGCUCCACGUUGGCGCACAGGAUCGAGUCCAUUACCAGUAUACCGGCCAGAUUCCUUAGAAAGCAUCCCCACCCUGACUUUCGCUCCGCUAAGGUCGCUGUGCGAAUGUCGUGGGCCGCUCGGAGGCAAACCACGAGGGUGGAGGAUGUAGCGUACUCUCUCCUUGGGAUAUUCGAUGUGAACAUGCCCAUGCUCUAUGGCGAGGGAGAAAGGUCUUUUGAAAGACUGCAAACCGAGAUUCUGAAGCAGGCUUCCGACGAUUCGAUACUCGCAUGGGCAAGGAAGGGCGAGAAUGAAAGCAAUUUGGAGAGGCCGCAGACCGAGAUGAUGAAGCAGUCUUCGGACGAAUCGAUACCAUCAUGGACAUGGAAGUACAAGGGCAAGCCAAAGCCGGUCAAAAACCUUGACGGUGGAUUUGGCAUCUUUAUGGGCGAAGGGGUGUUGGCCCAGUGUCCUGAUGACUUUGCCUGGUGGACCUCAACCCAGGCUAUGGAUUUCUAUGAGAAAAGCAACUUCAGCGCUGAUGUGACAACCCGUGGUCUACGUGUCACUCUUCCUGUCCUCAAAAGCCGGGGGAAAUCGUCCUACGGUGUGCUCAACUGCAUGGUGGACAACAAUUUCGACCAGAUUCUUGCGGUUAGGCUAUAUCAUACCGAUGUCGCCGACGAGUAUGAGCGGGAAACGAAUGGUCUCGUCACUCUAUCUUGGCAGACUGUGAAGAAAUGUCAACAAACGACUUUUUGCCUUCUCAAGUCUGAUCAGCAGCGUCUGUCUCACGAACGAUCUCUUUGGAACAAUUGGAGGAGAGCAGUCAUCCGAAUCCAAGGCCCAGACGAUUGGGCCACACGCUUAGUAAAAGUAGAGUCAGAGUCUUAUUACCAAGAGGAAGGGGGUUCGAUAUUUGCGGAAGUUGACACUCAGUGCUGGUCACGAAUUCUUCUUCACUAUAAGAAAAUCCCGGUGGAUGGCAAACAAGAUAACAGUAGCAAUGAGGAUGGAUUUGUCGUUGUCUUGGACGAAAGGACAUCCCUCAGAGCCUUGUUCUCUCUCCAGCUAGAACCUCCACCGUUCAUCUGCUACACUAUGCCUGUGCAAAAAGGAGUGGAACUGGAACACCUUAUAUCAGACAACCAGCAUGGUCAACUUCAUUGGCACAUACCACGCAAUGAACUUCGCGACUUGUCAAAACUUAGGAACAGUUUUUCAUUGAAAGCUGGCGUUCCCCAGGCUAAGAUUGAACGAGAAAAGUUCCUCGACCAGGAGCGGUUUCUUGUCAAAAUUUCUUAUACCCAGUCGUUGGCCCAAUAUGCCACACCUAUUACCAGGACCAUCACGAAUUUGCGCCCAAGGAUGAGUCCACAAUGGGCUCGUGGCUUGCACUGCAAUGCUUUGCUUAUAAUGCACAAUGCCUUCAUCAUUCAGAUUCCCUACAUUGCCUGUUUACUAAAUAGCAAAAGACGUAUGGUCGGCUGGAAGGAGACUCUUGUGUGUGAAGGCCUAAUGCUCUUGAACAUCCUCAUUCGCUCCAAAGCCUGUCUCACACUUCUGCACACGCCGAUGGCGCCAUGGAAUGACGACAUUGAAUUUUAUUAUCAGAAGAUAGACCUGGUAUUUGCCGUUUUGUUUCCCUUUUCAAUGUAUACUUUGUUCCCUCGUUCCCGCAAGGAGCUUAAAGUCAACCCAGUGGUCUCUGUAUUGUGCUCGAUAGCAAUUCUCAAACUAGCGAUGCGUGGACGAAAGCUCUUGGAGGAUCUGCAAUGA